AUGUUUGUGGGUAUAAUCACGUGUGAUGAUUCGUUUGUGCUUGUGUGUGGCGUCGUCGCGGAUGCCUCGGCUCUCGUAAGCUUCGGCACACAUUGUCUCUUCUCGCCGUCAAGUUACUCGCCAAGUCUGAGUCCUUUUCGGUAUCCUCUCGACGACGCGCACGCGCUUCUACAGCAGCGCUGGACAUUCGACAGUCGGCUAACCGUGACGAGUGACUUGAUCUCUGACAGUUCUGCUAUUUUCUUUCAUUUCACCCCUCGCCAGCCUCGCAAUCAUGUUGCAACGGGGCGACACAAGACGCUUUAUCCUCUCCCACUUAAUCCUCACCUUUUUCCUUUCCUUCCAGCAGUUCCCAUUGAUACACAUCACUUGCACCAACACACUUCCAAUGUGUCCAUGCGGCUUAUCGCGUUUGCACUAGUCUGUCGCCAUAAUGAAUGCUCCGGUCUUAUCUGCAGCUCCUCCCCUUUUCGGGUGUAA